AUGGCGCCCCAUCAUCUGGCUGGGCAAACAGAGGCCCAAGACGACGAGACACAUGGACGUGCGCCCGCAUCUCGAUGUCAGUCUCCGGAUUCUGACUUGACCGCAGGCCACGGCCGGACCGCUGGAGCAGACACCGGUCGUGUGCUGUCUGGUGUGUCUGUAGAACAGGCCGAGGCUGACUUUGCCGACUUGCAGAGGGAGUUCACCGGUGCCUCUCGAGCGAGCCGCCGGGGCAGAGCCGUCAAGGACGGUGACCCCGAAAAGGCCGGCCCAGCAGACCUCGGCGCCGCAGAUGACGACGAGUCCCUGUUUGACCUCGAAACCGCCCUGCGCGGUGAUCUUGCGGCCGGCGAGGCCGCCGGAAUCAAGGCGAAGCAUAUCGGAGCCUGCUGGGACGGACUGACGGUCAAGGGCAUCGGGGGCACGGCCAACUAUGUCCAGACGUUCCCCAACGCCUUCAUCAACUUCUUCGACGUCAUCACGCCGCUCAUGGGCCUGCUGGGCCUGGGCAGGAAACCCCCCGAGGCCACUCUUCUCGACGGUUUCCAGGGCGUUUGCAACCCCGGAGAAAUGGUCCUCGUCUUGGGCAAACCAGGAUCCGGCUGCACCACCUUCCUCAAGGCCAUUGCGAACCAGAGGCACGGAUAUACCUGUGUACAGGGCCACGUCUUUUACGGCCCCUGGACGGCCAAGGAAUUCAGCCGCUAUCGAGCCGAGGCCGUCUACAACGCCGAAGACGACAUUCACCACCCAACUCUUACAGUCCAACAGACGUUGGCGUUUGCCCUCGACACCAAGAUGCCCGCCAAACGGCCCGGGAACAUGACCAAGGCCGAGUUCAAGGAGCAUGUGAUUUCCACACUGCUCAAGAUGUUCAAUAUCCAACACACCCGAAACACCGUGGUGGGCGAUCAUUUUGUCAGGGGCAUCUCUGGCGGAGAGCGGAAGCGAGUCUCCAUCGCAGAGAUGAUGAUAACCAAUGCCUGCAUCUUGUCCUGGGAUAACAGUACUCGCGGUCUCGAUGCCAGCACCGCCUUGGACUUUACAAGAUCCCUUCGCAUCCUGACCAACUUGUACAAGACAACGACCUUUGUGUCCCUCUACCAGGCGUCCGAGAACAUCUUCAGGCUCUUUGACAAGGUCCUGGUCAUCGAUGAGGGCAAGCAGGUGUACUUUGGUCCCGCGGAUGAAGCCCGAAGCUACUUCGAAGGGCUCGGCUUUGCCUCGAGGCCUCGACAGACCACGCCGGAUUACUUGACGGGCUGCACCGACGAAUUCGAGAGAGUAUACGCAGCCGGACGCUCCGAAAACGACUCCCCUCACAGCGCGGAUACUCUGCGUCGAGCAUUCCAAAAGUCCCACCAUCAGAAGAAGCUUGAGUCCCAGAUUGCGGAAUACAAGGCCAACCUGGAGAAGGAGCAGCACAAGCACAGCGAUUUCCAGCUCGCAGUCAAGGAUAGCAAACGAGGAGCUUCCAAGCGGUCGGCCUACCAGGUCGGCUUCCAUCUGCAGGUCUGGGCCCUGAUGAAGCGGCAGUUUAUACUCAAGCUGCAGGAUCGGUUCAACCUUACACUCUCAUGGGUCCGAAGCAUCAUCAUUGCCAUUGUCCUGGGGACACUCUAUCUCAACUUGGAAAGGACAUCUGCCAGCGCAUUCAGCAAGGGCGGCCUUCUCUUCGUGGCCCUCCUCUUCAAUGCGUUUCAGGCCUUUUCCGAGCUGGCAGGAACAAUGUUCGGCAGGGCCAUCGUGAACAAACACAAGGCGUUUGCGUUCCAUCGGCCGUCUGCACUGUGGAUUGGACAGAUCAUUGUUGACCAGGCAUUUUCCGCGACGGAGAUCAUGGUCUUUUCCAUCAUUGUGUACUUCCUCAGCGGGUUGGUGAGGGAUGCUGGCGCCUUCUUCACCUUCUACCUGAUGAUCUUGUCGGGAAACAUUGCCAUGACCUUGGUCUUCCGAAUCAUCGGCUGCCUAAGUCCCGACUUUGACUACGCCAUCAAGUUUGCUGUUGUUGUCAUUACGCUCUUCGUCACCACCUCCGGGUAUCUCAUUCAGUAUCAGUCUGAAAAAGCCUGGCUGCGAUGGCUUUACUGGGUGAACCCGCUUGGCCUAGUAUUCAGUUCACUUAUGCAGAAUGAGUUCCAAAGCAUCGACAUGACUUGCACCGCCGAUUCCUUGAUUCCUUCUGGGCCGGGAUACACCAAUAUCAGCCAUCAGGUAUGCACAUUGCCCGGCUCCAAACCGGGGACGACAUUUGUUGCAGGGCCGGACUACAUUGCACAAGGCUUUUCGUACUAUGCCGGCGACCUAUGGCGAAACUGGGCCAUCGUUUUCAGCAUCAUAGUCCUCUUCUUGAUUCUCAACGUUGUUCUCGGCGAGCUUGUCAAAUUUGGAAUGGGAGGCAGCUCAUUCAAAGUCUACCAACGCCCUAACAAGGAGCGCGCAGCCUUGAAUGAGAAACUGCUACAGAAGCGAGAGGCCAGACGCAAGGACAGGUCGAACGAGGUCGGGUCCGAUCUGAGCAUCAAGUCGGAGAGUAUUCUGACGUGGGAGAAUCUCAAUUAUGACGUCCCUGUGCCGGGAGGCACACGGCGCCUCCUAGACAACGUAUUCGGUUAUGUUCGACCGGGUGAGCUGACGGCUCUCAUGGGUGCUUCGGGAGCUGGCAAAACGACACUUCUCGACGUUCUCGCAUCCCGUAAGAACAUUGGUGUCAUUACCGGCGAUGUUUUCGUCGAUGGCUUUAAGCCUGACAAGCAGUUCCAGCGAUCGACCUCGUAUGCCGAACAACUCGACCUCCACGAGCCGACGCAGACUGUUCGUGAGGCGUUGCGAUUCUCCGCUGACCUCCGCCAGCCGUAUGAAACCCCCCUUGCGGAGCGCCACCUCUACGUCGAGGAGAUUAUUGCCUUGUUGGAAAUGGAACACAUCGCAGACUGCAUCAUUGGCAACGAGGAGGCCGGUCUAACUGUUGAGCAGCGCAAACGAGUUACCAUUGGCGUUGAGCUUGCUGCCAAGCCGGAACUUCUCCUCUUUCUCGACGAGCCCACGUCCGGGCUUGACAGCCAGAGCGCAUUCAACAUUGUCCGAUUCCUCAAGAAACUCGCCGCGGCGGGACAGGCUAUUCUCUGCACGAUCCAUCAACCCAAUGCCACCCUGUUUGAAAACUUUGAUCGGCUCCUACUUCUUCAGCGUGGCGGCCGGACGAUCUACUUUGGGGAAAUUGGCGAAGACGCCUCCAUCUUGCGCGCGUAUCUCAAGCGUAAUGGUGCCGAGGCCGCUCCCACGGACAACGUCGCCGAGUUCAUGCUCGAGGCCACGGGUGCCGGCAGCUCUCCUCGAAUCGGUGAGCGUGACUGGGCUGAUGUCUGGGACGAGAGUCCCGAGCUGGCGUGUGUCAAGAAGGCUAUUGUUGAAAUGAGAGAAGAACGAGCGGCCAUAGCCCAGAUUGCGAAUCCUGUCCCGGAGAAAGAAUACGCUUCGCCGACCCAUCACCAAAUUAAGGUUGUGGUACGCCGCAUGUACCGUGUCUUCUGGCGCUCGCCGAAUUAUCUCUUUACCCGCCUCUUCAAUCACUUUGCCGUGGCCUUUGUUUCCGGCCUCACAUAUCUCAACCUCGACACGUCCAGAUCGUCGCUCCAAUACACCGUGUUCAUCAUCUUCCAGGUCACAGUUCUGCCACCGCUCAUCAUCAGCCAAGUAGAAGUAAUGUUCUACAUCAAGCGAGCCAUCUUUUUCCGCGAAGCCUCCUCCAAGAUGUACUCGCCCACGACCUUUGUCACCGCCAUCAUCGCCGCCGAGAUGCCGUACUCGAUCCUUUGCGCAGUCGUCUUCUUCGUCUGCCUGUACUUUAUGCCGGGCCUCGACGCCACGCCCUCGCGGGCCGGCUACCAAUUCCUCAUGGUUCUCAUCACGGAAGUCUUCGCCGUCACUCUGGGCCAGGGCCUCGCAGCUCUGACCCCGUCACCCCGAAUUUCGGCCCAGUUCAACCCCUUCCUCACCAUCAUAUUCGCUCUCUUCUGUGGCGUCACCGUCCCGGCGCCCCAAAUACCAGCCUUCUGGCGUGCUUGGCUCUACCAUCUCGACCCGUUUACCCGGCUCAUCAGCGGCAUGGUAACGACGGCCCUGCACGAGCUUCCCGUCGACUGUACCUCGUCAGAGGUGAACCGCUUCAUUGCGCCCAGCAACAUGACAUGUGGAGAGUACAUGGCGCCGUUCUUUGAGCGCGGUGCACCGGGAUAUCUCGUCCGCAACGACACGCAAGAUUGCGAGUACUGCGCGCACAAGGUCGGCGAUGAGUUUUACGAGCGACUCAACAUGUCGUUUGAUGAUCGGUGGAGAGAUUUGGGUAUUUAUGUCGCCUUUAUCGUCAGCAAUUUAAUCAUUCUCUUCAUCGCGUACGACUUCCAAGAGCGUUUUCCCAGAGAGACGAGCCAGCAUACGCCAUCAACGGCGUCAUCCGAUCUUCACCAAGACAAUAUGUGCAUAGUACUCUUUACUACGGCACAUCCCGACUACCCUCUUAUUCUCAUUGACAAUCGGGAUGAAUUCAUCCUGCGGCCGACAUCGCGCCCUCACUGGUGGACACACCCUACGUCUGGCGAGCUCGUCUUGUCAUCAAGAGACCUCCAGCGCGCAGAAAAAGGCACGUGGCUCGGCAUCACUAAAUCCGGGGUGUUUGCCGUCCUGACCAACUACCGCGAAGCGAACGCCUAUGAUGCCAGUCGCCCUGUUCACGGGAGGAGAAGCCGCGGCGCCGUGGUAACGGCCUGGCUGGCCGGGCUAGGGAACAGCAUCAAAGACGGUGUUCAGCGGCUCGUGGAAGACGACGGCGUCAAGGGAGUGGGCGGCUUCUCCUUGGUAUGCGGCAAAUUGAGGAAGAGAGGAGAGGGAAUAGCCGUCAUAAGUAACAGGGCUGAAGAUGCUGACCAAGUCCCUAUCGUGGCCGGCCAGCGGGGGGAGACGUGGGGAUUGAGCAACACCACGUUUGACGCCGAGGUCGCGUGGCCAAAGGUCGAGAUGGGAACCAGGAUGCUUCGCGCAACGGUGCAAAGAGCGGCCGAGGACAAGGCGAGCGAAGCGGAUCUGAUAAAGGACCUGUUCAAAGUGCUGGAUACGGAUACGUUUCCUGCAAUCCGGGCGGGGACGAGCUUUCAAGAAAUCACCGGCCUUUUACGACAUAGCAUUUUUGUUCCCGAACUCGGUGAUGAAAGCCAACGGGAGUCAAUGGAUGCAGCCCGCGCAAAGGGCAAAGCAACAUGGGCCAGGGACGAGGGCAAACUCAAGGCGGUGGAGGAGAUCUUGCUGGAGCAGCAGCCGGAACUGAGCGCGCCGGCGGCAAAUGGCUUUGAAACAGGCACGUAUGGCACGCAGCGACAGACGGUGGUGCUGGUCGACUGGGAUGGGAAUGUGAAGAUGGUGGAAAGGGCAUUGUGGGAUCGCAACGGACAUGGGAUUGGGCGAGGAGAUGGGGAUGUUGUGAUUGAGUUUGCCAUUGAGGGUUGGGAUGAGUGA